GGUAAAGUCAAUUCAGGAUAUAUUGCCCAUCCAUCUUUCCUCGCGUUGCAGGACCUAGCUGCAAUUGAGGCGCCGUCUCUAUUUCUGCUGCAGGUAUGUUUUCUAGAGGUGGACUCAAUCUUCACUACCAGUCUUCGCCAUAUGUCCGAGGAUGCUCUGCUUGGCACUGGGCAGCCAUUCCAACUCAACCUUUUUAGUGGUGUUUCCCAUGGCUUUGCUAUACGCGGAGACCUUGACCAAGGCAGUGUCAAAUUUGCAAAGGAGCAGGCUUUUACGCAAGCUUUGGCAUGGUUUGACUAUACAUUAAGUUGA